AUGACAAAGUUCUUUUACUACUUUGCAUAUGGUAGUAAUCUUCUCAAGGAACGAAUACGGGUACAGAUCAAGCGUGCUGAUAUGAGUGCAACGGAGUUGCUGAAGAUACUCAAGUUGAAUUGUGUGGCAGUUUCGUUGGUUUCACGAGGUGGGGCACGGCCCGGCAUUUGCAACGAUCACAGAGAAACUUGCGAGCAGAGAAUCAUCCCCACAACAAAAGGAUUUUUUCAGGUUCACGGUUGUGUCUGGCGGGUUCCUGAUGAAUUCGCAGGAGAAUUGGACUUACAGGAAUCCGGAUAUCAUCGACUAAAUGUACCUAUACAAUGUGCUGAUGCCAUAAUAGAGUGCCGGACGUAUCAGUAUUCGAAUAUUAAUGCUUCCCCAGCACCGCCGUCACCUCACUACAAAACUGUGAUAGUAGCCGGAGCUAUCGAACACUCUUUACCGGAAUCCUACGUGAAAGGUCUGAAAGAGAUCCCUGACAACGGGUACAAAGGACGGGUCGCUGUCGAUAUUGACGUAAUCAAGCAUUUGAACCAAUAA